AUGCUUCGAUUCACUAACGUCGAUCAUAAACCAACAAGGCUUCCACCUGUCUAUGGAUAUCGCACUCAUCCACUGCUUCCACUUCGACAAGCUCUUGAUCCUAUCGUCUCUCGAAUAGACCAACUAGAUGAGUUUAUUAAAAUUGCAAAGACUGAAUGUCAUUUUCCCUCAGAACAUGGUCUUACUCGUGAAGAAUCAGCAACGAUCUACCUUUAUACUAUGGAUUGGGGUGAACAAAGUCUCUAUCGAGUACUUAAUGCAGUGCUUCGUGAGAAAGAUCGAUCAGUAUUAGUACCAUGGCAUGGUUAUCUCAAAUUAUUUGACACUGCAUUAAAAAAACUACCUAGUCUCCAAAUCAACUUAUGGCGUGGUAUCAAUGGUGACAUUAGUAAGAACUACAAAGAAGAUGAUGAAAUAACUUGGUGGUGUUUUAGUUCAUGUUCAUCUACAGUUAAAGUCGUCAAACAAUUUCUUGGAUCUGUAUCGACAUUACUCAUGGUGGAAGCCAAAAACGGAAAAGCUAUAUCAACGUAUAGUAACUUUCCACAAGAAAAUGAAGUUAUUCUUCCAUUAGGUACUAGAUUUCGUGUUGUUAGCGACGCACUAGAUCAUGCAUCAUUAAACGUGAUACAUUUGCGCGAAUUGACUGAUGAAAAUGAUCAAGAAUUAACAUCAUCCUUUGCAAAUAUGGACGUCACUACAUCAGUGAAGCCAUCAGUGGGUGAGUAG